AUGGACGACCUCUUGAAUCUCGAGCUUUUGUCACUCGUGUCCAAGGUCACCUCCGAACUGCAGAACCACUUGGGCGUAUCCGACAAGACACUCGCCGAGUUCAUCAUCGCCCAGCGAGUCGACGCCGAAGACUACGAUGGCUUCAAGAAGAAGCUGGCCGGCAUGGGCGCCGACUUCCCCCCGAGUUUGGUGGAAAGCGUCGAUCGCUUGGUGCUAAACAUGCACCCAAAGAUGAAGGGGAAGGCGAAGAAGAGCAGCAACGGUGCCGGCACCAGCGACGAGCACCACCACCGCAGUGCUGCCGAGAAGGACGAGAUCUUCAGAGGCCUCUCGGUGCCCGACAAGCCCGUGGCAUACGAUAGCAUAGGUGACGGAGUUGAUGCUAUUGACGAUACGCUGGCGCUGUUGGAAGGGCUGGAGGGCAAGGCGCGGAAAGACAAGUCAGAUUCGCGCAAGCGGAGCCGUAGUCCAGACGACGGUCGCGACACACGGCGGAAGCGGAGGGGUCGGUCGAGAUCGAGGGAACGGAGGAAGCGCGACAAAUACCGAUCCAGAUCACGAUCUCACGACGAUUUCGACAGUGGGCCUUCGCUGAAGCAGAGGAGCAGGAGACGCAACUACGACGACGAGGACGAUGGCCGUUUCAAGAGGGCUCCCGAGCCCGAAGUCGACGACGCGCCUCAGCUUCACAAGGUGUACAGCGGUCACGUCACCGGUAUCAAGGAUUUCGGCGCCUUCGUGAACCUCCACGGCGUCCGCGGCAAGGUGGAUGGUUUGGUACACAUUUCCAGGCUGGUGGAAGGUCAACGGGUCAACCACCCGUCGGACCUGCUGGAGAAGGGCCAGGACGUCAAGGUCAAGGUUGUCAACAUCGAGGGAAACAGGAUAGGUCUGUCGAUGAAAGAGGUGGACCAAGAGACAGGCAUGGACCUAUACCCGGAAGACAGGAUAUCCUCGGGCGCAAACAUGCAAGCGCUGGGUGGCGGCGGCGGCCGGAACGGAAAUAUGUUCGACGAUGGACCGAUGCCGCCCCCGCAGCAUCAACCUCGCCGGCAGAAGAAACGCAUGACGUCGCCGGAGAGAUGGGAGAUUCGCCAGCUGAUCGCAUCCGGUGUCGCAAAGGCCUCCGAUUACCCCGACCUGGAAGAAGACUACAACGCGACGCUGACGGGCGACGGAGAGCUGGAACUGGAACAGGACGUUGACAUUGAGGUUCGAGAGGAGGAACCACCGUUCCUGGCUGGUCAAACAAAGCAGUCGCUGGAGCUGUCGCCUAUUCGAGUCGUCAAAGCACCGGAUGGCUCUAUGAAUCGAGCUGCCAUGUCAGGUACCGCGUUGGCAAAGGAGAGGAAGGAGCUGAAGCAACAAGAAGCGGAGGCUGCUGCGGCAGAAGACUCCAAGGUCGAUCUCUCUGCGCAGUGGAACGACCCGAUGGCAGACCCGGACAAGCGCAAGUUCGCCAGCGACCUGCGGAACGCCAAGUCACAGAUGGCCCAGAACAAGCCCGACGCUGUUCCGGAGUGGAAGCGAGCGGUGGCGCCAAAGGACCAGGCUUUCGGCAAACGGACAAACAUGAGCAUCAAGGACCAACGAGAGUCGUUGCCCGUGUUCGCCUUUCGACGGAAGUUUUUGGACGCUGUCAGAGAGCAUCAAGUCAUGGUGGUUAUCGGAGAGACCGGCUCAGGCAAGACGACGCAACUGACUCAAUACCUCGCCGAGGAUGGCUUCGCCAACGACGGCGUCAUCGGAUGCACACAGCCCAGACGUGUUGCCGCCAUGUCUGUUGCGAAGCGUGUAGCCGAGGAAGUUGGGACCCCGUUGGGUGAGGCUGUCGGGUACACGAUUCGAUUCGAAGACAAGACGAGUCCGGCGACCAAGAUUAAGUACAUGACAGAUGGCAUGCUUCAGCGUGAGAUUCUUGUCGACCCGGACCUGAGGCGUUACUCGGUCAUUAUGCUCGACGAGGCCCACGAGCGUACCAUUUCCACGGAUGUCCUGUUCGCGCUUCUGAAGAAGACGAUGAAACGUCGGAAGGACCUCAAGGUCAUUGCCACAUCAGCAACACUCGACGCCGACAAAUUCUCGUCAUAUUUUGACGGCUGUCCCAUUUUCACAAUCCCUGGUCGCACGUUCCCCGUUGAGGUCCUGUACUCGCGCGAGCCCGAGUCCGAUUACCUCGAUGCCGCGCUGGUCACCGUCAUGCAGAUUCACCUUACCGAGCCGCCCGGAGACAUUUUGCUUUUCUUGACGGGCCAGGAAGAAAUCGACACGUCGGCCGAGAUUCUGUAUGAGCGGAUGAAAGCAUUAGGGCCCAACGUCCCAGAGCUCAUCAUCCUCCCCGUGUACUCUGCACUUCCCAACGAGAUGCAGAGUCGCAUUUUCGAUCCCGCACCCCCGGGCUGCCGAAAGGUAGUUAUUGCAACCAACAUUGCCGAAACCUCCAUCACAAUCGAUAACAUCUACUUUGUCGUAGACCCCGGUUUCGUCAAACAGAAUGCCUACGAUCCCAAAUUGGGCAUGGACUCUUUAGUCGUCACCCCGAUCUCGCAGGCCCAAGCAAAUCAGCGUGCUGGACGUGCCGGUCGUACGGGGCCCGGAAAGUGUUUCCGCCUGUACACCGAAGCGGCAUACCAGUCCGAGAUGUUGCCUACUACCAUUCCGGAGAUUCAGAGACAGAACUUGUCACACGUUAUUCUCAUGCUCAAGGCCAUGGGCAUCAACGACCUUUUGCACUUUGACUUUAUGGACCCUCCGCCGAUCAACACGAUGCUCACGGCGCUGGAGGAGCUAUACGCACUCAGCGCACUAGACGACGAGGGCCUGCUGACGCGUCUGGGACGAAAGAUGGCAGACUUCCCCAUGGAACCGUCUCUGGCCAAAGUGCUCAUCAUCUCGGUCGACAUGAAGUGCUCGGCCGAGAUGCUCAUCAUCGUCGCCAUGCUCAACCUCCCCAACGUAUUUUACCGCCCCAAGGAGAAGCAGUCGCAGGCGGACCAGAAAAAGGCCAAAUUCCACGACCCGCACGGCGACCACCUCACGCUCCUCAACGUCUACAACUCGUGGAAGCAGAGCAGCUACUCGAGCCCGUGGUGUUUUGAAAACUUCAUCCAGGCGCGGUCGAUGAAGCGGGCCAAGGACGUGCACGACCAGCUAGUCAAGAUCAUGGACCGGUACCGGCACCCCGUCGUCAGCUGCGGGCGGCACACGCAGAUUGUGCGGCAGGCCUUGUGUUCGGGCUUCUUCCGCAACGCGGCGCGGAAAGAUCCGCAGGAAGGGUACAAGACGCUCAUUGAGGGGACGCCGGUGUACCUGCACCCGAGCUCGGCGCUGUUUGGGAAGCAGGCCGAGUGGGUUAUUUAUCACACGCUCGUGCUGACGACCAAGGAGUACAUGCACUGCACGACGAGCAUCGAGCCCAAGUGGCUCGUGGACGCGGCGCCGACGUUUUUCAAGGUUGCGCCGACGGAUCGGUUGUCCAAGAGGAAGCAGGCGGAGAGGAUCCAGCCUUUGCAUAACAAGUAUGCUGGCGAGGAUGAUUGGAGGCUUAGUGCGCAGAGGAAGGGUGGUCGUGGCGGUGGUGGCGGCGGGACGUGGGGUUAG